AUGGCACCCAGGACGCCGAAGACACGCAAAGCUAAGGCAAAUGCAAGAACUAACGAAACUACUGUUGCCAUCGAAGAAAAGGAUACUGUUAAUCAGGUUAGAGAAUCGAUUAAAUUUCAUGAUGUGCGAGAAUCUCUUAAUGUAUUUACCGGUGAUGAUACUUAUUCAAUCAUUAAAUGGAUAGAAGAUUUGGAAGAGAUGAGCGAAGUAUGUGGAUGGUCUGAUGUUGAACUUUUUAUAUAUAGUAAACGUCUAUUGUCGGGGACUGCUGCCCUAUAUCUACGUUCUGAAACUGGUAUUAAGUCAUGGAAUUUAAUGAGGGAAUGUUUGAUGAAUGAGUUUCGUAAUAAUUUAACUUCGGCUGACGUGCAUAGGCAGCUUACAGCCAGAAUAAAAAAUAAUGACGAAUCUCAUCAGCAGUAUUUGUUUAAAAUGAUGGAAAUAGCAAAACAAGGAGAUGUGUCUGAAGAUUCACUAUUGGAUUAUGUCAUUGCUGGCAUUCAGGAUAGUGAAGUGAAUAAGGCUUUACUUUAUGGAGCUACAACAUAA